AUGGGCAAGGCCAAGGCGCCCGUUGGGCCGCCAAAGAUCAAGCCGGAUGGGCUCACGAUUGAGAUUCUGAAGGAUCAGUAUGUGCUUGGGCGUCAGCUCGGGGUGGGAGGUUUUGGCCUCAUCUACGAAGACCGCAAGACGUGGAUGGCCAAGCGCAAGCUCAAGCAUUUCCCUCUCGCCUAUACCCUGGGCAUGGGCACAGUCACGCUCUGCAAACUGUCCUGCCGUGUCAUGGUACUCCCUCGCUACGGCCCUUCCCUGAACGAUGUCAUGGACCAGCACAGGAAUACGGCACACAAGCUGAGCGCCGGCACGGUGGCGCUGAUUGCGAGUCAAGUGACGGAGGCACUGGCUUACCUGCACUCGCACGACUAUGUUCACUCGGACAUCAAGGGAGCCAACAUUUGCACCUCUUUGGGCAACAAUCAUGAUAUCAUCCUGAUCGACUUUGGCUGCGCCGAGCGUUUCAGAUCCAUGCAUCUGUGCCGUUUCAGCCAACAGGGUGUCACUCGUGACGGGCACAAGCCGUACCUCAUCGACCCAACACUAAGGCAUGAGGGCACGCUGCCCUUUACGUGCUUGGACAUGCACCAGGGCGCAUUGUGCACCCGACGCGGCGAUCUGGAGAUUUUCGCUUACCAGUGUCUUCACUGUUUAAAAAAGGCGGUUUUUUGUUUGUCUUCUCAACUUGACAAUGGCAAGGCUGCCCAGCGCAAUGCUGAUGAGUUGCACCAUGGCAGGUACGAGCUGGCUAAGAACGUGAACAUUGCCACGGACAAGAAGACGCCACAGCAAGUUCAGGACAUGAAGAUGAAGUUUUUUCCGCGUGCCGGCGAAGCGGGGUUGCCGGGAGCCAAGGCGAAGCGUGGUGCCACCGAGCUAGCCCAAGCAUGCGGCAUCACAGACCCUCAAGUCCUAGGCGCGAUUGCCCCGAUGCUUGAGCAAGUCUUUGCUCUGGGAUACUCGGAGGAACCCAAGUAUGCCAAGUUUGCGGCGGUCCUGGCCAAGUGCGCGGCCAAGACCUUGGACCUGAGUGGACCUUCCCAAGGGGCCUCGGAAGCACCUGCAGCUGGCAAGGCCAAGAGCGCAUCAUCGCGCUCUCGGGCCAAGACAACAAGUCGGGAGGCCGCUGCACCCGCAACGGCGUCUAGCUCGCCGCCACCUUCGGCGACACCGGCUGCGGCCAAGCGUGGCACCGCCCACACUGGAGGCCGACCGACGUCCAAGAUCUCGGUGCAGGCCGCCGAACAAGAGCCGGCGAGUGGUGGAGAUAGUCCCCGAACGUUGCGCUUGCUGCGACGCCACGAGCGAAUGAAAAAGCUGAUUGCCGAUGGCAAGGCAUAA